UUCUCUAUACCGGCUGUCUGUCGGGGGCUGCCACACCAGCUGUCACAUGCCUUAUCGUUUUAUUUUUUUUUUAAAGUUUUUUUUUUAACUCUAUUUUUCAUAAUAUAUAAUAAAGUGUAUAUCAGUGUACAUAGUGAGUAAUAACGUGAUAUUGCCAUUACAAGUUUAUGACGUGAAAGUAAGCAUACUUUAAUGGCUGAACACAACAGUCACUGUGAAUAUAUUUUCACCAUAUUCACAUCACGGCGUCGGAUUUGUUAUCCAAAAUAACCAAAAAAAAAAAAAAUAAUAAUAAUAGCUAUGUUGUUUUUUUAAAAAAGCUUUAAUUUGUGAUUUAAAAGUAUUCAAUAAAAUGAUACACAUUUAUCAAAACAAUGUGUCAUGUGUUCUAAGAAAAAUAGCUUAAAGAAACAAAAAAAAAAAAAAAAAAACUAAUAUUGACUCCAAAUUUUUUAUCAGUAGGACAAUAUGAUUCAUGAAUUAUAAUAUUCAAAAAUGAUAGUGUUCAUGUGUCAACGAAAGUAGUGAAACUAUGGUGUUUACGAUAAAAAUAAAAAAAAUUUAAUUGUAAAAAUAAUUAAGUUACUAUUAAUUAAUUAAUCUAUGUUUGGAUAAUAAAUAUAUCAAGUUACUACUGGUGUGAUUGAUUGUAAAAGGAGAGACAACAUAAAUCGAUUUCCUGAAGGUAGCUGUUUAACCUUGGUACAUUUGGGAAUCGAGAAUCAUCCACGACGCUUAAGAAAAAGGCGGGUCCGAUCAAAAUUAUAAAUAAUAAUAUAAUAUCCAAUUAUUUUUAUUCAUAAUUUAUUAUUUGAUAAAUUAUGAAUAAUAAUAUUGUGAUAUUAUUGUGUUGACUUGACAAGUUUCGUGAAUGCAGUGGAAUAAAGGUAAACCGUUUGAUCGGAAAGACGCUUGGCGACCGAAAUGCGUCGUAAUAUUUGUGCGUUUAUUAUUUGAUUGUGGUAAAAAUAGUACAUUAUCAUCAUCAUCAUCUUCAUUUAAUACUGAAGGGAUGACAAGACCGGAUAAUCCAACUGGAAGAUUGAAAAGUGACAAGGAAAAAAAACGUUAUCACAACAAAAAUCAACUACCGGCAAUUUGAUUUUUUUUUUUAUUUUUAAAGAACGAGAAAAUAAGAAAAAAAAAAAACAUAUUUUUCUUUUUUUUUUUUUUAAUUUGUUUACUUUUAUUUUUAAGUUAAUGAUUCGGUGAUGAAUAUAAUUAUUAUGGUGCUCUAGUUGGAUUACCAUUGGGAUUUACGGAAAAACAAGUUGUUCAACGAUUUUUUUAUUUAAUAAAAAAAAAAAAAAAAGGGAAAAAAAAUGUUGUUAAAAUUUCCACAAAAGUGUGCCAAAAAUCCCAAUAGAUGAUCCAUCAUUAUUAUCCUUAUAAAAAAAAGAGAAAAAAGAAAAAAAAAGAAAAAGAAAAAAAAAAAUAAAAAAAGUGUUGUUUGGGCCAAAGAUGAACUCUGUAGUACUAGCCCUGUAUGGGUUUGCAAUAUUUUUCAUGAUAUUUUGGCUUGGCAUGUGGAUUGUUCAUAUACUUGCAAUAAUAGCAGCACGUUGGAAAUUACAUAAAAAAAUAAAUAAAGUAUCAACAUAUGAAGUGCCAUUACCAGGUGUAUCAAUACUUAAACCAUUAAUGGGUGUUGAUCCAAAUUUAUAUAGUAAUUUAGAAACUUUUUUUACAAUGGAUUAUCCAUUAUAUGAAUUAUUAUUUUGUGUUGAAGAUGAAUCAGAUCCAGUUUUAAUGUUAGUUAAUAAACUCAUUGAUAAAUAUCAAAAUGUUGAUACAAAAUUAUUUAUUGGUGGUUGUUGUGUUGGUGUUAAUCCAAAAAUAAAUAAUAUGCAACCAGCAUAUGAAUCAGCAAAAUAUGAGUUAAUAUUAAUAAGUGAUAGUGGUAUUAGAAUGAAAGAAGAUACAUUAUUAGAUAUGGUUAAUUAUAUGACUGAUAAUGUUGGUUUAGUACAUCAAUUACCAUUUACAUAUGAUCGUAAUGGUUUUUCAGCAACAUUUGAAAAAAUAUAUUUUGGUACUGUACAAUCACGUAUAUAUCUUGCUGCUGAUGUAUUAAAAAUUAAUUGUCAUACUGGUAUGUCAGCAUUAAUACGUAAAUCAUUACUUGAUGAAGUUGGUGGUUUAAAAACAUUUGGUACAUAUCUUGCUGAAGAUUUUUUUUAUGCUAAAUCAUUAACUGAUAGAGGAUGGAAAAUAACUGUAUCAUCACAACCAGCAUUACAAAAUUGUGGCAAUUGUGAAAUUCAUACAUUUCAAGCAAGAUUAAAAAGAUGGGCAAAAUUACGUGUUGCAAUGGUACCAACAACAAUAUUACUUGAACCAUUGAGUGAAUGUUUUGUACUUGGUGCAUGUGCAUCAUGGUCAGCAUCAUUAUUAUUUGAUUGGGAUUCACUUGUAUUUUAUUUAAUACAUAUAUUAUUAUGGUUUAUGUUGGAUUGGACAAUGUUAUGUGUUGUACAAAAUAAUCCAUUGCCUAUUAAUAAAUUAGAAUUUUUAUUUGGUUGGAUAUUGAGUGAAGCAACAAGACCAUAUCUUUUUUUACAAGCUGUAUUGGAUCCAUUGAUACAGUGGCGAUCAAGAGUUUAUAAACUCAAGUGGGGUGGUGUUGCUGAAGAAGUUAAAGCUAAAGUCAAAUAUUAAAUUCAAUCAUUAUUAUUAUUUUUUUUUUGUUUUUUUAAAUAUUAAAAUACAUUAAUGACAUUAUUAUUUUUAUUAUUUGCAAUAUGUCGACUGAUUUUCUUUCGUAUAAAAAAAAAAAAAAACAAUACUACUGUAAAAUAUUCAUUAGCAUAAUAAUAGUUAUAAGUAUAACUAAUGAAAUUAAUAAUUACUAGAUAGGUAUAAUAAAUAAUUAUAAAUAUUAUUAUUAUUUUUUUUUUUUCAUUAGAAUAAUUAAUUCGAACAAAAUUUUUAUUUAAAAAUUGAUAGAAAAAUAUUAUCUUGCUCGUCCCUGUAGCUAUCAAUUAUUAGAAAUAAAUUUAUUUUUUUCAUUUAAUAAUAAAAAAAAAAGAAUUGAAAAAUUAAUCUAUUAUUGAUUUAAUAUCUGUGAAAAAUAAUUAUUGGACAAUGAUUUCGAGCACGUGGUUAUUUCCUACGUAAACGGUUUUUUUUAUUUUUUAUUUUUCUGAUUGUGACGUGAUAUAUCAGCAUCAUGAGGAUUUGAGGAAGAGAUUGGGGAUGAUAAGCAUUUAAUGCGCCUGUGCAUUGAAAUAUUUGAUGCAUAAAAAAUAUAUGUCUUGCCCUUGUUCGAAGAUGUGAAAAUAGAUUUUUUGUUCAAUUUUUUUUCGAACGUUUGUUUCUUAUAAAAAAAAUUAAAAUAAAAAACAGGGUCACG